AUGGAAAGUAAAGUGUGUAAAGUUAUUAACACUAAGAGAAUCCACAGUGACGACGAUGACGAUAAUAUAAAUUCAAAACAUACAAAAAGACACACUAGUCAAGAUCGUCAAUCAACGAAAGAUAAAUCUGACAAAGGCGGUAGUCGUAAUUAUGAAGAGUUGAAAGUCGGUGAUCCAUACUAUUCGGGUGGAACUGCUUCUGAUAACCGUAAAAGUGGAGAUCGGUAUAAAGAUGAAUCUAGACAUAGAAGACGUCACAGGAGUAGAGAUCGUCAAGAAAAAGAAAACAGAUCUAGAAAUGCAGACGGCAAAAAAGAGGAACAAAUUGGAGCUCCAUACUAUUCGGGUGGAAUAGCAGGGAUUGAUGAACGGGAGAGCGGUGAAGAAACAAGCAGCGAUGAAGAUGAUAAAAUUGGACAACGGUACUAUUCCACAGAAACGGCAGAUACUCAAAGAAAGAAUAGUGAAAACUAUUGGAACAAAUAUGCAAAAAAAGAUAAAAGGCCAAAUGGUGACGUAAGCGAUGUACCAUUACAUCAGAAAAAAACCGUGGAACUACUUACAUCUAAAACUGGAGGUGCCUAUAUCCCACCUGCUAAAUUGAGAAUGAUGCAGGAAAGCAUCACAGAUAAGUCAAGUGCUGCAUAUCAAAGAAUUGCCUGGGAGGCAUUGAAGAAGUCAAUACACGGUUUAACCAACAAGAUAAAUGUAGACAAUAUAGGAAAAGUUACUAGAGACUUACUACGAGAAAAUAUUGUUCGAGGAAGAGGCUUACUUUGCCGGUCCAUAAUGCAAGCUCAAUUAGCUUCAACAACAUAUACCCACGUGUAUGCUGCUUUAGUGGCCAUCAUAAACACUAAAUUUCCAAACAUAGGAGAGUUAUUGUUAACAAGGUGUAUUGUACAAUUUAAAAGGGCAUAUCGUAGAAGUGAAAAAUCUCAAUGUUUAGGAUCAGUAACAUUUAUUGCUCAUUUGAUUAAUCAGAGUGUUGCACAUGAAAUAUUAGCUUUAGAGUUACUAACUCUAUUUGUGGAGACACCUACUGAAGAUUCCAUAGAAGUAGCUGUAGCAUUUUUGAAAGAAUGUGGGCAAAAAAUGAGCCAAGUCUCUAAAAAAGGAAUGAAUGCCAUUUUUGACAUGCUUCGGAAUAUAUUACAUGAUGGGCAACUUGAUAAAAGGGUUCAAUACAUGAUCGAGGUCAUGUUUCAAAUCCGCAAAGAUGGUUUCAAAGAUCAUCCAGCUGUAAUUGAACAACUUGAUUUAGUCCCAGAAGAGGAUCAAUUUACACACCUAUUGACUUUAGACUCUGCUAAAGAUACACAAGACAUUCUCAAUGUAUAUAAAUUUGAUACGGACUUUGAAAGUAAUGAAGAACGUUAUAAAUCAUUAAGAGCCGAAAUAUUAGGUUCGGACAAUGAAGAUGACAGUGCUUCAGAAAAUGAGGGUGAUGAUGAUGAUGAUGACGAUGACGAUGAUGAUGAAGAAGAUAACGGUGAAGAGAAAGAAGGAGAAGGUAAAGUUAUCAUUGAUAAUACAGAAACUAACAUGAUAUCUUUAAGAAAAACGAUUUACUUAACUAUACACUCUUCAUUGGAUUAUGAGGAAUGUGCUCAUAAACUGAUGAAAAUGCAGCUUAAGCCGGGCCAAGAGAUUGAAAUGUGUCACAUGUUUCUUGAUUGUUGUGGUGAACAAAGAACAUACGAAAAGUUUUUUGGCCUUUUAGCACAAAGAUUUUGUCAAAUAAACAAUGUGUUUAUUGAGCCAUUAGAAAAAAUAUUUAUUGACAGUUAUGCAACUGUUCACCGUUUAGAGACAAAUAAAUUACGAAAUGUAGCACGAUUUUUUGCGCAUUUAUUGUUCACCGACUCUAUUUCAUGGGCGGUUUUGUCGACAAUACAUCUUAAUGAAGAUGAAACCACUUCUUCUAGUAGAAUUUAUAUUAAAAUUCUUUUCCAAGAAUUAGCAGAACACAUGGGACUUAAUAAAUUGAAUGCUCGAGUUCAGAAUCCGGAAUUAAAACUAGCUUUUGAAGGAAUUUUCCCUAAAGACAACCCUAAAAAUACUAGGUUUUCUAUCAAUUUUUUCACCUCUAUUGGUUUGGGAGGUUUGACUGAUGAAUUGAGAGACUUUUUAAAAGUCCAACCAAAACAAGUUCCUGCUAUAGCUCAAAUCAUUGACCAGCUAUCAGAAUCAUCAGAUAGUGACAGUGACAGUAGUUCAAGUAGUAGCAGUAGUAGUAGCGACAGCAGUAGUAGUAGCAGCAGCAGUAGUGGUUCCAGCAAUAGCAGUAGCAGCAGCAGCAGCAGUAGCAAUAGUUCAAGCAACAAAAGUAAGUACUACAGAUAA